AGCAAAAUGUAAUUAGAAGUGAUGGACUGCCUGUAAUUAGUUUAAGCUUCUCAGGUGGUCUUUGUGGCGCCAUAACUUCUUUGAAAUAAAUUGAUAUAAAAAUGAGGCAUUAAAAACAAGGUAACGAGGUUCUUUAAAGCUUCACGUAAUAAGUGAGAAUCCAUUGCACACGUGAGCUUAUUUAAAGCACAGACCAAUUUAAUGAUGCUGCAGAACAAACCUGAGAAAUGAGAUUUCAUGUGAGUCUUCCACCAAUCCACAUUAAAUUCUAGAACGUUUUCUCCCUCAAUAAAGCAGGCAGAGAUCUUUCCUAUUCUUCGUCCGCUUUCUUCGUUGAUUUAAACUAGCUUUACACCUCGAUACUCUUUAUUUCGUGAGCUGCUCAUAUUCAAAGCAGAAGGAAAAAAAUAUGAAGACGAAAAUCGCAAUCUUUUUUCUUGUUCUCUUUCUUCCGUUUGCAGCUGCCAAUACUCUCAUCCCUGCUGGUCCUGAAAAUAGAGCCAAAGACUCUGAAAACGAAGGAGGUACUCCAAAAAAUAACAUUAAUUAUGAGGUUGCAGGGUCAACCAUACCAGACUGCAGCCAUGCUUGUGGAUCAUGCUUGCCUUGUACACGAGUUACAGUAAGCUUCAAAUGCACCAUUGCAGAAUCAUGUCCCAUUGCUUAUCGCUGCAUGUGCAAGGGCAAGGUUUUCCCUGUUCCUUCCUUACGUCCGAGGCCUUAAAUUUCUUCGUGUAUUCAACCAGAUUCAACUUGUGUUGUAUCAUAGCAUGUAGCCAAAUUUUGUAUUGCACACACGACUUAUUAGUGUAGCUUUUGUUUUUUCGUUUUUGGGGCAAGCUUUAUACAUGGUAGCAAACCUUGUCUUUGUAUUUUGUUUCUUCCCAUCACCAAUUGCAGGUUAAAAUAUUUUUUAAACUGGAAGGGUUUCAAAGACUAUGAAUGGACAUAUUUUUUAUCUA